CCAAGGCUAAACUGGUCGCUUGCCGAGCUAUUCAUUUCUCCUUUCACCAUCUUCGGUGGUCAGACGCUCCCGCUGGUGCCCGAGAGCAGCCGCUAUGUUUCGCAACCAGUAUGAUAACGAUGUCACUGUUUGGAGCCCCCAGGGCCGAAUUCAUCAAAUAGAAUAUGCAAUGGAGGCUGUUAAGCAAGGCUCUGCAACAGUUGGGCUGAAAUCAAAAACACAUGCUGUUCUGGUUGCUUUAAAGAGGGCACAGUCUGAGCUGGCAGCUCAUCAGAAAAAAAUCCUGUAUGUUGACAACCAUAUUGGCAUUUCGAUUGCUGGACUUACUGCUGAUGCAAGACUCCUAUGCAAUUUCAUGCGUCAGGAGUGUCUGGAUUCAAGAUUUGUAUUUGAUAGACCUCUUCCAGUGUCUCGACUAGUAUCUCUGAUUGGAAGCAAAACACAGAUACCCACACAGCGCUAUGGCAGAAGACCAUAUGGUGUGGGACUUCUCAUUGCAGGCUAUGAUGAUAUGGGCCCCCAUAUCUUCCAGACCUGCCCUUCUGCAAAUUACUUUGAUUGCAAAGCAAUGUCCAUUGGUGCAAGGUCCCAGUCCGCUCGAACUUACUUGGAGCGACACAUGACCGAGUUUGCUGACUGUAAUCUGAACGAGCUAGUUAAACAUGGACUGCGUGCUUUGAGAGAGACACUUCCUGCUGAGCAGGAUCUGACAACGAAGAAUGCUUCUAUUGGGAUUGUUGGUAAAGAUAUGGAGUUCACUAUUUAUGAUGAUGAUGAUGUGGCAUCAUUCCUUGAAGGCCUUGAAGAAAGACCACAGAGAAAGACUGCUCAACCUGCUGAGGAUACAGCAGAAAAGGCCGAGGAACCAAUGGAGCACUAAUUAUUGUGCAGGAAGUAUAGGUUACGUCAGAUGCAAUAAUGCUGGAGCAUUUGUUUGUAUUCUGGUAACUUUGAAAUAACUGCAUAUUGUAGAGACAUGUUCUAGUGAGUCAGUCUUUAAAAUGUAUUGCCAAAAAUCUUAUGCUGGCUUCAAAGAAUUGAUAACUGACCACUUCUCCUGGGAAGAAAAUAUGUCAUUUUCUAGAAAAGUAUGGAAUAUUGUUUUAUAUAAAAAGCACGUUGCUUUUAUGUCGUAAAGACAUCUAUGAAAUAAAUCUGUUCGAGAAA